CGAUGUUCAAUGGCUAAAAGUAGGUCGCGGCAUAGUGCACAAAGAAGUCCCAGCAAACAAAAAAACUCGAAUCCAUUUAAUGCAAGUAUGGCUCAACUUGCCAAAAUCUAAUAAGUGCGAUGAAGCAAUCUAUCAAGACUUAAGCGAAGACAAAAUUCCAACGCGUACCAUAAAAUCAAAUGGUGAAAUAUUAGCAAAGAUUCGAGUAAUAUCAGGCAAAUCUGAUGGCAUUACCGGUCCAGCUAAAAAUGUAGUACCAAUAAAAGCACUCGACAUCACAAUCAAAAAGCAGGGAUUCACGUUGGAAGAAGAUAUUCCAUCUAAUUACAAUAUGUUUGCUUAUAUCUUAGAAGGAAGAGGCGCUUUUGGAUUCAAUAAGCAAAUACUGGAAGCUGGUAAUGUUUUGAUUAGUCAUCCAGUCUCAGAUGAUGAAGACAUUGCUUCGGUGCUACCUAUACAAAAUGAUUCUGAAGGAAAAGAUUUGAGAGUUAUUUUGUUUGCUGGUAAACCGAUUAAAGAACCAGUUGUUCAGCAUGGUCCAUUU